AUGGCAUUCCUCUUCAAGAGUAAAAAGAAUGCAGACAAGGCUCAGGCUUUGAGGGACGGCGGAAAUGGUGUACCUGGUUCGCAGCAACCAUCCCUUCAAAAUGCGAAUGGACGUAUGCCGCAACAAGCAGAGAGGACGACGACCCCUUCGAGCAGUGUCAAUAAUUCCAUUACUUCCCUGCAAGGCCUGCAGGGAGGCAAUCCAACGACGCCAAGCCCCGAACAGGUAAACGCUCGACGAGGACCCAAUCCAGAGCAAGCGCAAGACAUCGCGCUGCGCAACGGCGCACCACCUCCAGUACAAUCAAUGAAUUCAAACCCCAAUUCGUCGUUAUAUCCGUGGUCGCAAAGACGAAUCACAUAUACAACUAAUCAUCCUCCUCCUUUUCCUCGUUAUGGCGCCGCUGUCAACUCCAUGGCCUCGAAAGAGGGUGAGAUAUACCUCAUGGGAGGUCUCAUCAACAGCUCAACAGUAAAAGGGGAUCUAUGGAUGGUAGAAGCGGGUGCAAAUAUGGCAUGUUACCCAUUGGGCACGACAGCUGAGGGUCCAGGACCAAGAGUCGGGCAUGCAAGUUUACUAGUGGGAAAUGCAUUUAUUGUGUAUGGAGGAGAUACCAAAAUGGAGGAUUCUGAUGUCCUAGAUGAAACUUUAUAUCUAUUGAAUACUUCUACAAGGCAAUGGUCAAGAGCUGUACCAGCAGGACCCAGGCCGGCAGGAAGAUAUGGGCACUCUUUAAAUAUUUUGGGCUCGAAAAUUUAUGUUUUUGGUGGCCAAGUAGAGGGAUAUUUCAUGAAUGAUCUUGUUGCCUUUGAUUUGAAUCAAUUGCAGAUUCCUACAAACAGAUGGGAAAUGCUUAUACAAAAUAGUGAUGAGGGUGGACCAUCCGUAGGACAAAUACCCCCAGCCAGGACAAACCACUCUGUUGUAACUUUCAAUGAAAAACUUUUCCUAUUUGGAGGAACUAACGGUUUUCAAUGGUUUAACGAUGUUUGGUGCUACGAUCCAAUCACUAAUGCAUGGACUCAACUUGAUUGCAUUGGGUAUAUUCCGGCCCCUCGAGAAGGCCAUGCUGCCGCAAUUGUGGAUGAUGUAAUGUAUAUUUUUGGUGGUCGAACUGAAGAAGGUGCGGAUUUAGGUGAUUUAGCGGCAUUCAGAAUCUCAUCCAGGCGUUGGUAUACUUUCCAAAAUAUGGGACCUUCGCCCUCUCCACGCUCCGGACACAGUAUGACAGCAUACGGCAAACAAAUUAUUGUUCUUGCUGGGGAGCCAAGCACAGCAACUCGUGAGGCUCAAGAUCUCUCAACGGUCUACGUCCUCGAUACAAGCAAAAUUCGAUAUCCAAAUGACCAGCAGACAUCACAACAAUCUCAGCAAAGUGCUGUGAAUGAACGUGUGCCCGGAAGUAGACGUCCAAGUGGAGGUGAGAAGAGUGGUUUGCAUCCACGAAACAUGGGCUCUAGAGAUAUCUCCGCAUUGCCGGAACCAAAGAAAGGUAAUGGUCCACCUAGAGAGGGUCCCAUCAAUCGAGGUGCUGGACAGCCCAAUGUGAACGGUAAUGAUUCAAAUGGUAUCGCCCCAGGCUCGGCUCAACCUCAAGGUCCACAAGCUGGGUCGAAGUUACCGAGAGCAUCAUCGGCGGCACAACCUCAACCUGGCCCGCCACCACAACAGCAAGUACCUAAUCCUCGAGGUCCCAAUGCUGGGCCCAAUGGUAGAGGGCCCAGAGGUCCGCAGGGUGCACAAGGUCCACCAGGUCCGCAGGGUCACCCAAAUUCCCAAGCUCCACCAGGUACGCAAGGUCAUCCAAACCCUCAGGGUCCACCAGGUCCGCAAGGUCAUCCAAAUUCUCAAGGUCCUCCAGGACAAGGAAGGCCCGAUAAUCGCUUCGGUCCUGCUAUAGAUACCUCUAUGCGAAAUCCCAGAUCGGAAAAUAUAGCAUUGGCUCAACGAGCGCUUUCGCCUUCACAUGAAGAAGGUCCCCAAGCCCGGGAGAGUCCAAUCACUAAUGGUCCACGUCCUCCGCUCCAAAAUGCUCCACAGCAGCAACAGCCACUAUCGCAAAACCAAACUCCCCCUCAAAUGCAAGCUGGAAUUCCACCUCAAUCACAAUCACCACCACCAUCACAAUCACAAUCACAGCAAAUUACCAAGUCGAUACCAAUGCAAGAUUCCGAUGUUCGACAAUCUCAUCAAACAUCAAAAUCGAUAAGCAGGCAAGAUUCUAGUGCUCACCAAGCAGGUAGUACGAGUUCGAGAGCUUCUUCGAAACAGCGACAGCCCCGUGGUCAAAAUUCAGUGGACAGCAAUACGGACAUUUCUCUGAGAAAUGUUACAAGUCGUCAGGCAUCGCCGCCUCCACCUACAAGACAAGCAAGUAAUUCUGUUAGUCGAAGGAGUUCAACGAGAAAUUCCCAAACUGUGACAUUACUCAAAGAGUUGGAUGCUGCUAAAAACAGAAAUGCCUGGUAUGCUUCGGAGCUUGAACUUGCACGAAAGGCUGGAUAUACACCCAAUCCUUCAAGCAACUCCAUGCUGGACCAGAAAGCUGCAGAGUCCUUCGAUGAUGACGAUAAACCACUCAUUGAGGCUCUUUUAGCAAUGAAAGCGGAGCUUGCUAAUGUUCAGGGCUCGAUUGACAAGCAAGCAGUCCUUGCCGCAAAACAAAUUGCCGAAGUCGAAAAACAACGAGAUGCCGCUAUCAAUGAAGCAGUGUAUCACAAAGCAAAACUUGCUGCACAUGCUGGGAGUCAAAGCAGUACGCCACAGCCUGACAGCGAAAAUAGAGACAUCGAAGCUAUGUCAAUUAAUCGAUCUUCGGAUAUCAGUAGAAAAUUGGCUACCGCUUUAGCAUCCCAACGAGACCUGAAGAACAAGGUUGAUAGUCUCACAGCUGAGCUCGAAGCCGAAAAGCGUGGAAGACAACUUGCUGAAGAUACCGCGAAUUUAACACAGGCACGGAUGACCGAGUUACAAGCAUAUAAACAACAAAACUCCUCCGAGGUUGAGCUUUUAAAAGCAGAAUUGCACGAAUUGGAGGUUCAAGCUAGGGAGGAGGCGAUUAUUUGUGCUGAAGCUGUGGCGACCGCACAACUUAUUCAAGCCGAGAAGGAUGAAUUAGAAGCACGACAUAAAGAAGUAAUGGAAACCACGCAGGAUCAUAGCGAGACCUUCGAAUCUCUUCGGGAAGCCAUAACAUCAUCGGCUGAUAUGAAAAAUCUUUUGGAGCGAAAACUCGACGAGGAACGCACGUUACGCCAGUCUGUCGAAGAAAAACUCUCCGAGCUUAGGGCUGAGCACGAGAAUCGUACUUCUGAAUUAGAAUCCGUCACCCGACGCUUGCGAGAUGCUGAAGAACUAGCUGAGCAACACGCAAAUGAGGCUCGAACUCAUAAGCAAGCUGUGAUGUCUGGCCUUGAUAGAGUCUCGGCAGCUAGAAACAUCGCACCAAAUGAUUCUUCAAGAGAUGAUCGCCUUUUGGCCCUUGAGGCACAAGUUCAAGCUUCAAAUGCUUUGGUUAGGAAAUACCAAGCUGCAGCGAAUACUGCUUCAGAUAAGCUUCGAAGUGCCGAGGAGCGCAUCGCUGGAUUGGAGGCUUAUCAAGAGCAGGCCAGUCGGGAGGGCAUGUCUAUUCGAAAGCAACUUCAAGCAUCCAUGCGUGAAACACAAUCACUCCAAGCUGCUAACUCUGAUAUGAAACAUCAGCUUGCUAAUCAACAACUGGAGACGAAUGCGGUCAAUGUUCAACACAAUACCUUGAAGGAUAUUUUAGGUGAGCGUGGCAUCAGUCCUGUUGGUGCAUCAAGGAAUCGAGGAUUAUCUAGUCCUCAAUCUGGUUCAAACACGCCUGAUAUGGCACGUCUCCGCGAACUUGAGCAGCAACUUGCGGCUAGCAUGCAUGCACAUCAAGAAAUUAAGGAAGCUUUCGAGAACCGAGAGCAAGAGGCAGAAAGUGCUUAUCGCGAAAAAUUGAGUCAGCUUGAAAAUGACUAUCAAUCUGCCGUGCAUUAUGUUAAGGGUACCGAAAAAAUGCUGAAGCGAAUGAAGGAUGAAUUGUCGAGAUACAAGCAAGAUAAUACACGAUUAAAGGAACAACUCACAGCUGCCGAGGAGAGAUCCGCGGCAUCAAGAUCACCUACGAGUUGGGAAAGCGAACGUGCUGGCUUGGUUGGUCAAAUCGAAACACUUCAGUCUGAGAUCAAUUCAUCCGCUGCGCAGAUGCACAAGGAGUUGGCAGAUGUUCAAAAGGAAUUACAAGACACUCAAAAUAGUCACUCUGAUUUGAUGCGGAGCCAUGAAGAACUGAAAAAGCAAUUGGCAUCUACCAGUGAACAAGCACGCCAUGAGCUCGGUCAAUUACAAGAAGAAAACGCUCAACUAGAGAAGCGUGCUCAAGAUGCCGAAGAGAAGGUUUCCUUAUUACUUGAUCAAGUCGAAUCAUCAGUUGACAAUUACCGUCGUCAAUCACGCAAUGUCGAUAGUAUUGUCGGAGCCCCAGUUCACACUACACAACAACGAAAUUCGAUCGGUCACGAAUCAGUAUCUGAAUCAUCGAUGUAUGGUGGCGCUAAUGAUAACCGCAAUAGCUUGGCCUUGGACAGUCUUGCCUCCGAGUUAGAAACACUAAGAACGCAAUGGAAAGAAACGAACAAAAACUACAGACUCAGUAAUUUCGGCGAAGACGACGAGCGUCCUAUGACGGGCAAAUCUGACGCCGAGCAUACUCCCCAUAUAAGUGUUGGUCUUGCAGAUUGGAGAAAACGAUUAGAAGUCGAAGAGCAAGAAGCUAGAUCGAGAACUGGAAGCUUUACCAGCUCGGAAAGAAUCAUGAGUCCUACUGGUGGGAGAAAGGAUGCUAAUGCUGGUGCAUCGAGCCCAAAUCAAGCCAAUAUGCUUUAA